AUGCUCGGCAGAGGCAGGAUGCUCGGCAGAAGGUUGUUUUCAGGUAGCAGGGCGGCGGCGCGGAUCCGGGUGAAGACGCCGGUGGUGGAGUUGGACGGGGAUGAGAUGACGCGGAUCAUCUGGGAGCGCAUCAAGCAGCAGCUGGUGCUGCCGCACGUGGACGUGGAGCUGAAGUACUACGACCUGUCGAUCACGUCGCGGGACGCGACGUCGGACCAGGUGACGGUGGACGCGGCCCACGCGAUCAAGCAGUACGGGGUGGGCGUGAAGUGCGCGACGAUCACGCCCGAUGAGGCGCGCGUGCGGGAGUUCGGGCUGAAGAAGAUGUGGCGGUCGCCCAACGGCACGAUCCGCAACAUUCUGGGCGGGACGGUGUUCCGCGAGCCGAUUGUGAUUCCACGGAUCCCCAGGCUGGUGCCGGGGUGGGAAAAGCCGAUCAUCAUCGGCAGGCACGCGCACGGGGACCAGUACAAGGCCACGGACGCGGUGGUCCCUGGCGCGGGCACGCUCGACCUGGUGUUCCGGCCGGCGGACGGAUCUGCACCCACUUCGCUGCAUGUGUACGACUUCGCGGGGCCUGGCGUUGCCCUGGCGAUGUACAACACCGAGGAGUCCAUACGCGGCUUCGCGCACGCGUCGUUCCGCCUGGCGCUGGCCAAGCAGCUGAACCUGUUCCUGUCGACGAAGAACACGAUCCUCAAGCAGUACGACGGCCGCUUCAAGGACGUGUUCGAGGAGCUGUACCAGGCGCAGUACAAGGCCGAGUUCGAGCGCCUGGGCAUCUACUACGAGCACCGCCUCAUCGACGACAUGGUUGCGCAGAUGGUCAAGUCCAAGGGCGGCUUCAUCAUGGCACUCAAGAACUACGACGGCGACGUCCAGUCGGACAUCGUUGCGCAGGGCUUCGGCUCGCUCGGCCUGAUGACCUCGGUCCUGGUGACGCCGGACGGCAAGACCUUCGAGAGCGAGGCUGCCCACGGCACCGUCACGCGCCACUUCCGCCAGCACCAGGCGGGUAAGGAGACGUCCACCAACUCCAUCGCGUCCAUCUUUGCCUGGACCCGCGGCCUCGCCAAGCGCGGGGAGCUCGACAACACGCCGGACGUGGUCAACUUCGCCCACGCGCUCGAGGCGGCCACCACGAACACGGUCCAGCUCGACGGGAUCAUGACCAAGGACCUCGCGCUGGCCUGCGGCAGGUCGGACCGCUCGGCCUACGUGAACACGAACGAGUUCAUCGAUGCCGUCGAGGCACGGCUCAAGAAGGAGCUUGCUUAG